AUGCCGCCCCCAAGCCCAUUGACCCCCAAGACACCGGGAUACAUCCUCGACGUGCUGAACAACAGCAAGUUGUCUGAGGAUAAGAAGUUGGUCCUCGAGAAUCUGUCAGCAGCCGCAGAAGAAGCCCUGCAGAAUGUGUCUCACUUCAUCGUACUCGACGGAGAGGAGGACCUCCCGAUCGAUUGCCUCGACUGUUUACAACGCGCGAUCUGGGGAACCGGUGCUUUUGCGGCCGGCUGGCGUGCCCGUCAACCCCGAGACGCGACGAUUGAGGAGUACGAUGGUGCGGAUCCAACCCGUCACACUCGAGUGAGAAGGGGAGGACCACAGUUUCUCGCCAACGAACCAGUCAUUGACUGGAUUUCCUUGUUUAAAUGCACAACGAUAGUCAUCACGCCGCGCCUGAAGAAGUCAUACCAGGGAGCCAAAGCCGGCUGA